UUAACAAGGGUCGUUAGAGGCCGAACCGGUUUCUGACAGCAUCUCAUUCCAAAUUCAAUGAGGGGGGGAUCCUCCCUUCUCUCCCCCGCCCCCGGCUUCAUUGUUUCUACUUCCCCAAGACCCUUCGGGACCUCAGUCCAGCUACUCUCUCGAACAGCUUGGGAGACGGGAAGAUCCUCGUUCCGGCGCACCAGCCUGGAGUUCCCCUGUCCGAGGCCGGGGUGCACCGUGGGGAUGAGGAGUGCUUGAUUUCUUUGAGUAUUUCUUCAGUAAAACGUUAAAAAUGUCAUCCAAACACGAGAUAAUGAGUGACCAGCGGUUUAGACGGGUUUCCAAAGAUCCCAGAUUUUGGGAAAUGCCAGAAAAGGAACAAAAAGUCAAAAUUGACAAGAGAUUUCGAGCCAUGUUUCAUGACAAAAAGUUCAAGUUGAACUAUGCCGUUGAUAAAAGAGGGCGUCCCAUCAACCACAGCACUAUGGAAGACUUGAAACGCUUCUAUGACCUUUCUGACUCUGACUCUGAUCUUUCUGAUGAAGAUCAUAAAGUCCUAAACCAAAAGGAAAUAAAGCAGAAAAAAAUCCACACCAAAAAAGAAAUAAAGUCAAAAACUUUGCCUGAGGAAAAGAGAAAAAGCAAGAAAAUUGAUCAAAAGGAUUCUAGAAAUAAAAGUGAUUUUGAUAAUUCUGAAAGGAUUCAGAAAGUAAAAAGCUCAUGUAAAACUAGGAAAAUAGACUCAGAACUAAGUCCCCAAAAGGAUGGUGAAAAUUUUAUACAAAAAUGUACAAAAAAGAAAAGAAACAUCUCUGACCAAAGAACAGAAUCUUUGCCCAAAGGGAAACUGAAGACAUUAGACUCAAGCACCUCUGAAAUUGUGAAAUUGCCAACAAUUAAUUGUUCCAAGACAAAAAGAGAAGAGCAAUCAGAGGCAAGAGACCAUGAUGGUAAAAUGUUGGACAAACAUAUUCUGGAGGAAAAUUCAGACCAUGCUAGUGGAACAGAAUGUGAUGAAGAAUCUGAAGAUGAAGUUACAGGUGGUGAUAGCGCCUCCACUAAUGAUGAAAAUGAAGAUGAGAAAGAGGAAGAUAGUGUGGAUGAUGAAGAAGAUGAAGAAGAAGGUGAAGAUGGUGUACAUGAUGAUGAAAAUGAAGACAGUGAGGAGGAGGAGAGCGACAGUGGCCCUGAUCUUGCAAGAGGUAAAGGAAAUAUAGAAACUAGUUCUGAAGAUGAAGAUGAUUUGGAAGAUUUAUUUCCUGAAGAACCUGGUUUUGAACACGCUUGGAGAGAAUUAGAUAAAGAUGCUCCUCGGGCUGAUGAGAUUACACAUCGAUUAGCAGUUUGCAACAUGGACUGGGAUAGAAUAAAGGCAAAAGAUUUGCUGGCUCUGUUCAAUUCAUUUAAGCCCAAAGGAAGUGUUGUAUUUUCUGUAAAGAUAUAUCCUUCGGAGUUUGGAAAGGAGAGGAUGAAGGAAGAGCAAGUUCAAGGACCAGUAGAGUUACAGAGCAUUCCAGAAGAUGCCUCUGAAAAGGACUGGACCUCCAGAGAAAAGCUGAGAGACUAUCAGUUUAAACGAUUAAAGUACUACUAUGCAGUAGUGGACUGUGAUUCUCCUGAAACUGCAAGUAAAAUUUAUGAAGACUGUGAUGGCCUGGAAUUUGAAAGUAGUUGUUCAUUCAUAGACCUCAGAUUUAUACCAGAUGAUACUACUUUUGAUGAUGAGCCCAAGGAUGUAGCCUCAGAAGUGGACUUAACAGCAUAUAAACCAAAGUAUUUCACAUCUGCUGCAAUGGGAACAUCAACGGUGGAGAUCACUUGGGAUGAGACUGAUCAUGACAGAAUCACAACACUUAACAGGAAGUUUAAAAAAGAAGAGCUUCUGGAAAUGGAUUUUCAGGCCUACUUAGCUUCCUCUAGUGAGGAUGAAGAGGAGAUAGAAGAAGAGCUACAAGGUGAUGAUGGAGUCAAUGUAGAAGAUGGAAGAACAAAGAAAAGUCAGAAAGAUGAUGAAGAACAAAUUGCUAAAUAUAGACAGCUCUUGCAAGUUAUUCAAGAAAAAGAAAAGAAAGGAAAAGAAAAUGACAUGGAAAUGGAAAUUAAGUGGGUUCCAGGUCUUAAAGAAAGUACAGAAGAGAUGGUCAAAAACAAGUUGGAAGGAAAGGAUAGACUGACCCCUUGGGAACAAUUUUUAGAGAAGAAGAAGGAGAAAAAGAGACUGAAAAAGAAACAGAAGGCUCUUGCUGAAGAAGCCAGUGAAGAUGAACUUCCCGCUGAUGUUGAUUUGAAUGACCCGUACUUUGCUGAAGAAGUUAAAAAAAUGGGAAUAAAGAAAAAGUUGGUGAAAUCUGCAAAAGACAGCCUAUCUCCAGAGGAAGAAACUGAAGUUGAAAGACAAAAGGCUGAAAUGGCUUUGCUUGUGAUGGAUGAGGAAGAGGACAGCAAAAAGCAUUUCAAUUACAACCAAAUUGUGGAGCACCAGAACCUAAGCAAAAAGAAGAAAAAACAGCUUAUGAAAAGGAAAGAGUUGAUUGAGGAUGACUUUGAGGUAAAUGUAAAUGAUGCACGGUUUCAAGCUAUGUAUACUUCCCACUUGUUCAAUUUGGAUCCCUCUGAUCCUAAUUUCAAGAAAACAAAAGCUAUGGAAAAGAUCCUUGAGGAGAAAGCCCGACAAAGAGAACAAAAAGAACUAGAACUGAGUCAAACAAUAAAGAAAACAGAGGCAGAAGUGGAAAAGGCAUCACAAAAGAAGUCCAUUGAUCCAGCCUUGUCAAUGCUCAUUAAAUCUGUGAAAAACAAAACUGAACAAUUUCAAGCAAGGAAAAAACUAAGAGUCAAAUGACUGGAUAUUUCUUUUGGAUUGAGAAUGCAUUCUAAAGUACACAGAAAAUAGUAUAAGGAAUACUGGAAAAGAGCACCUUUCUAGAAUAUGAAAAAAAAAAAAAAUUUCUGACCAUGGUAAAUUUUCCUCCAUGCAUAAUUAUUCUGUUUAAUUAUAGAUAAGGUUGAUGGGUUUAUACUGUAUAUUUCCAGACAUUAAUCAUACUAAAUUUACCUGAGCUGUAAGAUUUAUAAGAUUUUUAUACUGUGUGAAAUUCAUUUUAUACUAGUAGACAGUUACUCUAAAUUAACACCUUCAGAGAUGAUUUACAGUAUAUAUAAAAUACAGCAACAUAUACUCUUGAAUCUGUUUGAAAAUAUGUACAUCUAAUACAUUGGUUGCUCUGGAAGGAGGAGAUAGAUAUAGCAAGCUGUUAAAGUAACUUAUUUUUCUAGCCAUUAAGAAUGAGCACCAAGGUCUGGAGAGAUGGUAUAGUGGUUAAGGUACUUGCCUGCAAAGCCAAAGGACCCAGGUUCAAUUCCCCAGGACUCACAUAAGCUAGAUGCACAAGUUAGUGCAUGCAUCUAGAGUUUAUUUGCUGUGGCUGGAGUCCCUCGUAUACUCAUUCAUUCACUGUCAAAUUUUUUUUUUUAAGUUUUAAAAAAAGAAAGAAUGAACAACAAGAACUUUUUGUUGUCAUCUUCAGUAGUUUGCUUGUGGGACUACUUUAUGAAUAAAAGUGGAAAAUAUUUUUA